AUGAGUAGCAACCCGCCGCGACAGGGCGGCGCAACGAAUGAAGCGGUCUCGAGCCUCGAGGAGCAGAUGCAGAAGGCGAAGCUCAACGGCCUGAACGUCUUCGCGACCGAGUUCGUCCCCGGCCAGCCCGCCCCGUCGCCCCCGGCCCCGCCGCAGCCUCAGGCAAACGGACACGCCAAGGAUGCGCAGCAGAACGGGGAGAUCAGCGACGAGGUGAUGGCGCAGAUGAACCGCGCAGCGCAGGCGGAGUACUACGGGGACUUCGAGGAGGAGGAGGACCCGUACGGCGGCGUGUACUACAGCGAGAUGCCCCAGCUCCCGGAGGACCAGGCCGUGGUCUACCUGAUGCAGGCCUGCCCGAACUUCAGCCGCGCGUCAGUGCUGGAGGUGCUGCGCAUGUGCAGCGGCGACAUGUACGCGGCGUGGGAGUUCCUCGGCGGCAUGGACAUGGAAGGCGGGCAGGGGCCGUAG